AUGGAAUCUUUGGGAAAAAAUGGGGUCGAUAGUACUUUAAAGGCGCCACCGUCUGUGGUGAAGCUGGAACCCAUUGAAGCCACCCCAGAUAGCUUCCAAGAGUUCGGACAAGUUAUUGAAGCCAGCCCCGACGGCGGUGAGUUUGGGCCUUCCGAUGCUCAGCUCGACCUUAGCCGUGGCACCCCAAGGUUUUACAUUAUGCGUCUUGAAGAUAGGGAUCUCAAGUUUUCGAACAUAACCCAUCAUGCUAAUGUGACCCAGUGUUUGGGGUCUAUUGGUGGCCAUGUUUGGUACCUUGGAGUUGCUAAGCCAUCCAUUGUAGAAGCCAGUGACAUCAAAGGCACAGUGGGGGGUGACAUUGUGCAAUCGCGUUGCGGCCAUUUUUAUGUGCCUCCCUCUGUUGAUGAUGUGCGUGCUUUCAGAAUUUCGGGUUCCAAGCUUCUGAAGUUGAACAGAGGUACAUGGCAUGCUGGUCCGUUGUUCAAAGACAGGGCUAUGGACUUCUACAAUCUUGAGCUGAGCAACACCAAUGUGGUGGAUCACACUACUCAUGACUUCAUCAAGAACAACAAUGCGAUCUUUGUCCUGGAUGAUACUUUGCUUCUCGAUGCUGUGAAAGACUAUUACCAGAAGAUUGGUGAAUGCUGGAGAAACUGGAACUUGCAAAUGGAAGGUGUUUGUGAUAAUCAGGAGAUUCCUGGUGUUAGUUUAGGCUUUGGAGAGGAUCAAUACCUCGGGCUGAUUGACAUCUCUCACGAGGACGACGAUCUUCUCGCCGAAUCACCUUGUUUUAGGUCCUCUGCUGACUCCCACAUCUCAGUGACAUUUGAUACUAAUAAAGAUGAGAAUGGCGGCUACAAUUCAUUGCAGCCUCAUUUCUCUCAACUAGUCAAACACAAAGCACCUAACCUCCUGCAGGAUGAACACGAGAGACAACUUGGUUUUGUGCCAGAAACCCUAAGUUAUGGACGCCCAAGUCUAGCUUGGGACAGUGCAUUCUUUACAGAUGACGGUGUCCUGGAUGAAGAUGAGUUGACUUUGAUGAACGAGGGACUAAAUGCUGCUGAGAUGCGACCUAUCGCGCAUAAAGAUGUAAACAAACAGAGAGUCAGAUCCGGAUACAGCAAAACAGUUGAUGCUUUUUCCUCAGCUUCAAGGAAGAUUAAUGCCUGCAUUCUGAAUAGGACUAACAAAUCAGCUUCUGAGGGAGGAAGAAUGAGUAUUCAAAGAUCACUAGAAAAUAAGCCACAGAGUAUGGCUUCAAAGCUAUCGAGUCCGUUGGUAAAUCUAUUGUCUGGAAAGAGUAGAAGUGCAUCAGUAGAUGCUUACCGUGCCAAGAAGGAGAGUAGAGCUGAAACUUUGUUAUCUGUUGAUAAAUUCAAGCUCAGGAAGAAGUCUGCUUUCGAGAAUUCUUGCAGGCUUUCCUCUCCUACUGUUGCAUUUGGUUCUUCGGUCUUUCCUCGCUGCACCAAUAUUUCAACUCAUGCUGCUAUGAUAAAAAGUGAGAAGGGGCCAAAUUCAUCUGCGGAGUCGAACUCUGGACCGAAUUCAUCUCUAGAUUUGCCGUUGAUCGACAUUGUCCAGACAGGGUAUGCUAGUUCUCCAGUUGAACUGGUGAACUAUCAAUCUACACCAGAUGCAUAUCGAGUCCUUGGCGACUCCAGAGGAAAAAUUAGGUCAUCACAUCUGCGCAUGCCAUCACCUAAGAUGGGUUUCUUUGACGAGGGAAAAUCACUGAUACCAACAAUGCAAGGGAGUAUACAGUUUAAGUUUGAAACACAAGGUACACCACCUAUCAUAAAUUACCCACCAGACCGGAGAACAAAUAAACACCUCCGCUCAGGGAUGUCAUCAGAGACUAAGCCUUUGAAGCAAGGUUCGAAGAGUAUGCAACCACAGCAUCCUGUUCAGGAGAUCGGACGGAUUAGGUCAGAGGGAAAGCUCAGGAGACAGUCUUCUAGAUUAUGGAAUAGUGGAAAAACAAGGCCAGAUGUAGAUUUGAAACUGCAAUCUGGCACAUGUGGAGAAGGAGGAGGAGAAUGGAUAUGCUCAAAAUGCCAGAAAAUAGGCUCUGAUGUGCAGGAUCGAAAGAGAGUAGGUAAAGUAUCUGUUUCGAGGCAAGAUGAUGAAAAGAGAGUUAAAGCAAGGCUCAAGAAUGGAGGUGGCAGACAGAUUGGGGUGCAAAGAGAUGUUCCUAAGAUCAAAGGAGAACGUAGGGGACCUGCUGAAAAUGAACAACAGAAACCGAACAAUCUGCCAUCAGGAAGCGAGGACGAAACAAGAAAUUUCGAGAACCAAGUUAAUGACUUGAGCAAGUAUUUUGAGGUCAUUGAUUUGAGCAAGGUCAUGCGGAUAGAAAACGAGUUUGACAGCAAAAUCUUCAAUUUCAAAGGUGAGAAUGACACUGAUAAUCGGAACCAGGAAAACCCGAAGCUCUUCAGGAAUGAGAGUCCAUUUCUGGCAGGAGAUGAAUCCUCCCCAAGUUCUACAAGAACACCUCUGGCUGACAAAACAUCCAUCUCCAAUCGAAGUGGAUCAAUCCCAAGCACAGAGAAGGUAGCUUCGAAGUCAUGGGUUCACGCAUGUUCAGGAAAAGAGAACAGCUUUCCCCGUCAAACUUAAGCUGCAUUGGAGAUCAAG